GUCCAAACUCCAAAUUGACUUUGAAGUUUAUGUGAUGGAAUUGAUGUUUGUAAUUUAGUAAGGAUUUAUCAAAAAUCAAAAUCGACCACAGAUUUUCAAUGGUAACUACCUAGCGCCUUGGUAGUUGUAAAUUAAUCAUUUUUUGUUAUAAAUUUACAUCAAUAAAGCUUUGCCCCAGAAAUGAGUAAAUCUUUGGAAGAUAAUUUGAUCAACAAAAUUAUAUCAGAAGACCAAGAUGCUAUCCUUUCUUACAUCUCUAAAGGUGCAAAUCCCAACAAAAUAACUAGUCAAGGCAAAACUUGUCUGGGGGAAGCUUCAAGUUUAGGUAAUAUCUCAAUUGUAAAAUUGCUACUUGAAGCCUGUAAAUCAGAAGGAACUAAUCAAAUUUCAUCCUAUGGUGUUUCAAAGAAAAAACACAGUGUUAAAUCUCAUAAAAGAAAAUAUAGAGGGACAGGGCAGCAUGAUGACAAUGUCAGUAAAUGUAAGAAUCGAACACACAGAGUUAAUGUUGAUUUUCAGAAUGAAAAAGGUAAUCUUAUAUCCAAUAGUACAAAAACUGAUAAGAAUCAAGGAUACUUUGUGAUUGUAAAUAGUGAUGGCUCUAGUAGUGAUGAAAGCAGGUUAAGUAAUAUUAUAUCCCCUAAGAGUUCCCUGGCAGCAACACCUUUAGCUGAAUUAGAAUGGGAUGAAGAUAUUGGAAAUGUUGCCCCCACAACAAGCGAAGAUGAGACAUGGUCAUCUAUGUAUAAGUGGUAUGCUGCUAUACUUGAGAAAUCUGGUGCCGCUAUAGCAGCAGCAACAAUGGUUUCAAACGGCUUAAAUCAACAAGAUGCAUUUAUGAGAACCGCAUUACAUUAUGCAGCUGAACAGGGUCAUACAGAUAUUGUUAAAUUACUAUUGGAUUCGGGAAGCAAAUUGGAUAUAACAGCAGGGGAUGGCCUUACAUCCCUGCACAUAGCCGUGAUUAAAAAUCAUAUUGAAACUGUUAAGGAGCUUUUGUCAGCAGGAAGUCAUGUUAAUUAUAAAACACAUGAGAAAAUGACUGCACUACAUUUUGCUGCAUCCAGAGGAUAUUUAGAUUUGGUAAAAAUUCUAGUCAACAGUGGAGCUUACUUAGAGGCAAGAGAUACAAAUGAGCGCACAGCAUUGUAUUUAGCAGCUGGAAGAGGACAUGUUGAUGUUAUAAGAUAUUUAAUAUCAUCUGGUGCCAAUGUUAAUGGUGAAGAAAUACAUGGUUACACUCCUCUAUGCGAAUCAGUUUGGCAAAGAUAUACAAAUGUAGUUGAUCUUCUAUUAAAGUCUGGAGCAAGGAUUACACAUUCCCAUAAACUUUUACACAAUGCAAUCUUACAAGGACAGGAAGAUAUAGUAACAAUGUUAGUAAGCCAUGGAGGAGGAAUAAAUUUACAUAAUGAUACAGGAGAUACUCCCUUGUUAUUGGCUGUACGUCUAUCACAGAUUUCAGUGGUAAAAAUACUACUACAGAAAGGUGCAAAUGCAAAUAUAUGUAAUAGUAUAACUGGUGCCAAUGCUCUUCACAUCGCAGUUGAGAGUGUGAAAUGUCCAAAUGAAUUCGAGGAAUUAAUAAUUUCAUUAUUGGACUAUAAAAUAGAUAUGAAUACGACAGCACUUACAGGCGACACAGCUUUAAAUCGAGCUCUGUUACUACAAAAGGAUGAUGCAGCAAUGAUUUUAAUUCAACAUGGUGCUGAUGUGAAUGCAUGUGAUUCACAGUCCUGUGGAUUAGACAAUUUAUCAAUAGUUAAUAGAAGGGUAUCAAAUAGCAUUGCAAGUUUACUUAUAAAGGCUGGUCAUUACCUACCAUUUUCUGAGUAUAGGGUUGAGAAUAAUACUUUAACAACUAGAGAAACAAUGGAUCAUUGGCUUCAUAGCAUUUGUAGAGAACCUUUAAGUCUAUUAGACCUCUGCAGAAUUAAAUUAAGAUUGUUUUGUAAAAAAAGACCUCUUCACCAAUAUAUAGACUUGUUACCUCUACCAAAGAGCUUAAAAACCUUUCUAAUGUUUAGAGAUGAGUGUAAUAUAUUUUCUUGUAGAUCAAAGGAAUAAUUUGGUGUGUGAAAAAGUUGAGUAAUUAUAUUUAUUAAUAAAAACGAAUGUACAUACAACAAUUAUUUAUUUAAACACUAGUGGGGUACAUAGUUAGUAAAUAGAAAUAUGUAUUAUUAACAUGUUUGCAAUUUCCAAAUAAGACGAUGAUUUUUUUUUGUAAAAGGUAUACUCGUCUAAAUUAAUGAAUCACAAGUGUAGGUGGUUGCAUUGAAGUGACUUGUUGAAAACGUAUUUAUAAAAAUAACAUAAUGACCUUAUCCAUAUAUCAAGUUCCGUAUAAUAAAUAAUAGGUAAAACUUUAUUCAUUCUUUAUCAGUAUAAAAAUAAAUAUUGUUUAUUUAUCCCAAAAAAUAUUACACAAAUUAUCGAUGCAGCAUUUAACCCCAUACCUGUGUUGUGACGCUCAAUCUCUUUCAUCAAUGUAGUGUUUAUUACUUCAUUUAAUAGACAGGUUUUAAGGCCUAAUUUUAUCUUGAUGCUGUUUCAAGUUUUACUAUAUUGAUUACUAUAAUAAUAGUUUCUAAUUAUUGUUAUGAAUAAUAUUGCAAUAAUAAUGUAAUGAAUACUUGUAGGUAUCCAUAGUUUGUAAUAAAUUUUUAAAGCAACUUCAAAUAAACUAUAUUACUGAAACCUUAUAGUGUAAUGCAAAAGUGAAUAGAUUUAAAUAAAUACUUAAUGUUAAAGAUUAAAAAAAAGUACCUAUUUAUCAUGAACUUGGCCUCAUAUCGUCAUUUAAAUCAAUAUAUUAAAUGAUUCUUGACAGAGAUUUUUUGGAUUAGCUAUUACAUACGAUAAUGUGAUUAGCCAUUACUCGUAGUUAUUAGGUAUAAAACUAUUCCAAACAACACCCAAUACAACACAUAAAAUUAUUUUAAUAAUAGCUUCAUAAAUUAGGUAAAAUAUUGCAAUGUGACAUAACUGACAGUGUUAUUUUUUCGGUCUAUGUGACGGUGUGUUAAUUUUAUGUUGAUAUUAAAAAUUUUAUGUAUGUUUGAUAGUUGCUUCAAACGCCAAUAAUUAGCAAAAAUACAUAAUAUAAAAAGGCUUGCGUAUAUUGUUGUUAUUCAUAAAUUAAACUUACUCAUUUGGUAAUUUAUUAAAAUUUAAUGAUAUUUUUAGGUAUUUUAGUGCCUGCAGGCUAUAACAAUAGGUAGUAAUAUUAUGAAUAUUUUAAAAUAGAUAUUGAUGAAAUACAGUGUAAUUAACAUGAUUGUGAUAUGUAAAAUCAUCUUAUCUAUUAUAACACUAAUCAAGCUGACAAUUGCGUAAUACAUUCAUUACAAAAAAUUACUCAAAAUUACUUUUGACUCAGACUUUCAAGAGGGAACUUUAAAAAACCUAAAACCUUUCGUUCGAAAACUUACAUAUACCUUGAAAUUUAUGUCAAUAAUGGAUGUUUAAGAUGUAUGUGAGUAUUUAACUCUCACUUAAUUCCCAAGUUUCUUAUGUUUGUUUUAUUAGGAUAAUCAUCCACAUCAGCCCAGUUGUUUUCAUUAAUUUCAUGGACACAGGCUUGUGAAAGCUUAGGCCUUAAUCAAUAUUUAAAAAUAUAGUUUACAGUGUCAAACAAAAACUUAAAACAAAAUAAAUCAAUUGAAGUUUUCGAAAGGAAGGUCCAUACUAUGUACAUAUCAGUAGAACAAUUGCUAUUAGUAGUGUAGGUAUGGUUAACAACAAGAGAAGUUUAAUUGUGUGUGUUUAAGCCAAGGUCUCUUCCAAAUAGUUUAACUGAGGAAUUGCAUAUUUUCUUACUAAAAGCAGUAAUAAUCAGAAGACCAAUGUAUUCAUUGCAAUAAAAGAAAUAUAACAUGUAUAAGACAACUUUUGUUGAUGAUUAUAAUGUAUUACACUAUGGUCCAUUAACAAAUUAAUAAAUAAUUUCAAAUAAAACAAUUAAGCUACUAAUGUAUGGUUGCAGUUUACUAGCAGACUAGGAAUAAUUUUUGAGCCACUUUAUAAUUUACGCUGUUUUUAGUUGAGGUUCCUUAAGAAUGUGCUCACGACGAAAAUGUUAGUGAAUACUGUCAGUUAGCUAAUAGGUCAAUAAAUGUAAUUCUUCAUAGGCUGCAAUCAUACUUUAG